AUGGGCUUUUCUUCAAUAACCCAGGCCUUUGGCUUGGGAGCUCUGCUACUUCUGGGCUCUGACCUCAUGCCACAAGUCAAUGGACUGCCAAAGACUCCAUGGGCUCAACAGCGCGCCAAGGGGCAUGGCAGGAAAGCCCUCAGCCAAGCCAUCAACAAACGACAGUUCGCCAACAGCUCUGAGCCCGCUGACUGCAUCCCUCACGAUCCUCUCGACAUUGAGGCACCCAAAGAGAACAUUUGGAGUGGCCUGACGGGCCCAGAAGCCGCAGGCGUCACCCAAUGGCUUUUUGCUCAAAAGGAGCUGAACCUGACUGUCAGCGACAACGCUACAGCGUGGGACAACACGAUUGCCUUGGUAGAGCUCAUGCAGCCUAACAAGUCUGAUGCGCUGGCCUACAUCGAUGGAAGCGGCCCCGCACCAGCCCGCUACGCUCAUGUGGUACUUGACUUCCGCGCUUCCGAAGAUCCGGAAUACCAAGACAUUCUCGUUGGCCCUUUACCAGUCACCAAUGACACCACCAAGUGGGAGCGUCUUGAGUACCCGUACACCCGCAAGACGAGCGGAAGAGUCCGCAACCUGGACGCCGAUGAUGAUGCCAUGCAGGAAUGGCUUCACAAAGCUGGCAAGAGCGUCGCUGACAUCACCAAGGAUCUCUGGAAUGCCACUGCCCAGGGACUCGAUAACGACACACUGGCAAUCUGGGGCAUCGACCCAUACUACCAGGAUGACGGCCGCGUUCAGCGUUGGGACACAUUCUGGAGCAUCCCCGGCUCCAUCUUUGAUGUACAGUCCAUGCUGCCCAUGGGACUGUUCUUCAUGUCCGAUGUCACGGGACGUGACCCUUCCAAAUGGUUCAUUGAGGGAUGGUAUUACAACGGCAACUUUUACGAGACUACGGAGGAGUUCCGCAACGCAUACUGGAGCGGCAAUGUCGAGAAGCUUGGUGGCAACUUCGCCGGUGACUGGUCAGCCACCGAUCAGCAGGGCGAGAUCCUCCCCAGAGACACCAUGGCUCCUCCGACAUCAGUUGCUCCCCAAGGCGCUAGGUACUCUGUUGACCCUGACAGGAAAUAUGUCGAGUGGAUGGGCUGGAGCUUCUACGUCGGCUUCACUCGCGACACGGGAAUGGCUCUCUACGAUAUCAGCUACAAGGGUCAAAGGAUCAUUUACGAGCUUGGUCUUCAAGAGGCCUUGGCUCAUUAUGCUGGAAGCGACCCCACACAGUCUCACGUGGCAUACCUCGACAGUUACUACGGCUUCGGUCCUUUCGCAUUCGAACUCCUAAAGGGUUACGACUGCCCAUCAUAUGCGACAUACCUAAACACUUCUUUCUACGUGGAUGAGACCACGCAUACGCAUCUGAAUAGCAUCUGCAUGUUCGAGUUCGACGCCGAUUACCCGAUAGCUCGACACAGUUCAGCAGACUACGUAGCGGCCACAAAGAACGUGUACUUCACCAUUCGCUCUGUUUCGACCGUCGGCAACUACGAUUACAUGUUCAGCUACAGCUUCUUCCGUGACGGCAGCGUUUCCGUCGAGGUCCGCGCCUCCGGCUACAUCCAGGCCGCGUUCUACGCCAAGAACGACGAGUACGGCUUUAAGAUUCACGACCAGCUGUCCGGGAGCAUGCACGACCACGUGGUCAACUUCAAGGCCGACUUUGACAUCUUUGGCACCGAAAACACCGUUCAGCGCAUGCACCAGGUGCCCACGACCCAGGUAUACCCCUGGUCUAAGGGCAAGGCGUUCAACACAAUGAAGUUGGAGCGGGAGUUUGUUGAGAACGAGGACCAGGGCCGUUUCGACUGGAGCUACAACAACCAGGACCAGCUCUUCGUCCUGAACCAGGACGUAAAGAACAAACACGGUGAGCACCGCGCCUACCGCGUGCUCCCCUACACUGGCUCCGCACACUUGACGGUCAAGGACUCGAAUAUUCUGAAAAGCUCGGGCAAGUGGGCCGAGUACGACAUAAUGGUUUCCAAGCGCAAAGACACGGAACCUCGCAGCAGCCACCCGUACAACAAUCAGGAUACCGAGAACCCCCCUGUCAAUUUCGAUGCAUUCUUCGACGGAGAGAGUCUGAACCAGACGGACCUUGUCCUUUGGUUCAACCUUGGCAUGCACCACGUUCCUCACACUGGCGACUUGCCUACCACGGUCUUCACCACCGCACACUCUGGGAUCCAGUUCAUGCCUGCCAACUAUUUUGAUGUCGGCCAGAACGUUGAGACGGUCAACAUGGUCCGCAUCAACUACUCCAACGGCACAACCAGCGAUGUUAUCACUUUUGGAGCCGAGACGGACGCCUGCUCGCUGGACUAUGAGCCUACUGAGGUUGACCUGUGGGACUACAAGGGAGAUGUCGUUGUUCGAAAGUUCCCUUACUCGCCGGAUGACCCAUACUAUGAGACGAACGCCAUCGUCUAA